ACACGAAAACCGACAUUGAAUUACACCAUUGUUAUAUUUUGUCAAAUAUCAUUUUUGAUCUAUUACAGAAAUUUUCAAUAUUGAAAAUCUUUGAAAGCGAUAUUUUCUCAUUAUUUGUAAUUAUAAGAGGAAAAUUACACAAUAGAAUUCAUUUGACUUUUUCAAAUGUUUACAAUUUAGUAACUGGAGGUGAAAAGUGUUUCAAUCUUUUAGCUUUAAGUCAAACAUUUUGGACAUAAAUUGAGCAGAAAAGGUGGCAUGCGCUCUAAAAUCGAAUUAACUAUGUGAUGGUUAUUUAUGGGUUCUUGUGCAUCAGUAAUUGCAGUUCCCGAGAAGCCAAAAUGGAUCUACGUUGUUCAAUUCCGCAACAAAUUCUACAAAGACAAAAUACUUGAGACCACAGAUGGAUUUCGACAAAUAAACAACAACACGGUUGAACUAAAAGCUUGCACCAAAAACAACAUUGAAGGGAUCCGAUGGAGCAGAGGGUUCACGACGGGGAGACAUGUGAUUGAGUUCAUAUACCCCGUGCACGUGCGCACGCGCUGGUCGCGUGUUGGUCUUGGCACGCGCGAGACGAGUCUUGGAGGUAAAACGAAGGAUGUGAUUGGUGGACAGGGAUCGUUUGCAAUUGAUUUGGUAUCCAACAAGGCAUACCACAACAACCGAGCAGUCAGUAAACUGCCAGGCAUAAAGCCAUUACCAGACUGGUUCUUUAUGUACGUGGAUCUCGACGAAGGAGUUAUACAGUUUGGUUCGGACUCUGCCUUCUAUGGAACAGCCUUUCAGAACGUCACUGUAACGGAUGGACAAUUGUUUCCAAUGGCAACCGCCUGCGUUACCGGGGCAGUUAUUGGAAUAGUGUACCGAGGAGAAGGGAAGGAGGUUCAGGGGCCAUUGCGGAAGAAAAGAUGACUGGACAUACUCAUUUGUGAUAGCAUUUAAAUUAUUCAGGACAUACUGCUUUCAUGUUUUCAUUUUUUAUAUUAUUUUUAGUGGCAUGGUAUUUUUUUUGUUAUUUAUUACCAAUAAACAUAUAGUAUA